AAUCUCAAAUCAACUCAUAUUCUACGUUUCUUAAGACCAAAUUUUGUAUUGUUGGGUCGAUUUGUUUGUUUUAAAAAUUAUUCCUCUUAAUUGUUUCUCUAUAUCGUUAAGUUAGUAAUUGAUAAUAACUAUAAAAACAAAAAAUAUCUCCAAAGUUCGAAUCUUGCGGCAAAUUUCGUACCUUGGAAGGGGUUUAGCUGGUUAAUUGCAAUUGGGUUUUUUGGUGAUUGAUCAAAAUUCUGGGUUUUGUUGGGUUUGGGUUUCAUCAAAUAACCCAAAAGUUACAAGAAUUUUGCAAGUGAAUUCGAGCUCACUGCAGCUAAAAAAAGAUUCAAACUUGGGGAAUUGUGUAACAUAGGGCGACUCUGAUUACUGUAUGAUGCUGCUUGAUGAAUAGUUAAUGAAGGGUUUUCUAACUUCGAAAUGCUCUAAAAGUCCAACUGGCUCCUCAAAUACAUCCUUGACAUCUGAUUCUUCAGCAUCAGGGCCCUCUAACUCCACCACCACUAAGGGCACUUUAUGGUCGAGCUUCUUCACGUCGGCUUUCUCUGUUUUUGAUACGUAUCGCGACUCACCGACAAAUUCGGAGAAGAAAGGAAGCCAUACUCACAAUGGUUGGACUUCAGCUGUGAAGAAAAUUGUGUCUGGUGGCUCAAUGAGGCGAAUUCAGGAGCGCAUAUUGGGUCCUAGCAGGACUGGGGUGUGUAGUACAACUAGUGAUAUAUGGCUUCUAGGCGUGUGCUAUAAGAUGUCCGAAGACGAGGGUGGAGAUGCAGCUACUAGCAAUGGAUUAGCUUCAUUUACACAUGAUUUUUCGUCACGAAUUUUGAUGACAUAUCGAAAAGGCUUUGAAGCUAUUGGAGAUUCAAAACUUACUAGUGAUGUAGGUUGGGGUUGCAUGCUUCGGAGCAGUCAGAUGAUUGUUGCUCAGGCAUUGCUUUACCAUAAAUUGGGGAGAUCUUGGAGAAAACCUUUUGAUAAGCCUUUGGAUCAAGAAUAUAUUGAGAUUUUGCACCUUUUUGGUGAUUCAGUGGCAGCACCAUUCUCUAUCCACAAUCUUAUUCAGGCGGGCAAAGGAUAUAGUCUUGCCGCUGGGUCAUGGGUAGGCCCAUAUGCCAUGUGCCGCACCUGGGAAUCUCUUGUCCGCUCUAAGAGAGAGGAAAACAGCAUUGAGUCUCAGUCACUUCCGAUGGCUGUUUACGUUGUUUCUGGUGAUGAGGAUGGGGAAAGAGGGGGUGCUCCCGUGGUCUGCAUUGAAGAUGCCUGUAGAUUUUGUUUAGAGUUUUCAAGAGGACAAGCAGAUUGGACACCAAUUGUUCUGUUUGUACCUUUGGUUCUUGGACUUGACAAAGUUAAUCCAAGGUACAUUCCGUCGCUGCAGGCAACAUUCACCUUUCCCCAAAGCCUUGGCAUAAUGGGUGGGAAACCUGGUGCAUCAACCUAUAUUGUGGGUGUGCAAGAUGACAAUGUUUUUUACCUUGAUCCACAUGAAGUUCAAUCGACGGUCAACAUUGGCAGAGAUGAUUUAGAGGCUGAUACUUCAUCUUACCACAGCUGCAUUGUACGGCAUAUACCUCUGGACGCGAUUGAUCCAUCAUUGGCAAUUGGAUUUUAUUGCCGAAGCAGAGAUGAUUUUGAUGAAUUUUGCCGUCUAGCAUCCAAGCUCGUAGACGACUCACAAGGUGCUCCCCUUUUUACUGUGUGUCAAUCUCGUAAAUUGUCAAAGCCAGUAAGCCAUGGUGACAUGUUAAAUAACGAUGAUGAAGUUCAAGAUGUCGAUUCCCAUGGUGUUAUGCCUACGAAUGACGAUGCAGAAGGCGACGAAUGGCAACUGCUCUGAUUAAUAACCAUUUCGGAGAUUCAAAAAGCUUGUAAUGAGUUAGCAUACCCGAUUCCAUCACAGGUCUAUUAGUAGCACCGCUUCACUUGGUUGUGUUGAUUAUAUAUUUGGUUGAUUCAACAAGUAGAUAAAGUACAGUAGUCCACUUAAUACUAUAAUUCUUUCCAAUUCUUCUUUUUAUUUUGUUCAAAAUGUGAACAUGUUCGACAAGCUGUUAAUAUUGUACAAUUAAAAUGCUGGAUAUUUAAUUUAACUUUUGUGGGUUCCUCCAUCA